ACUUCACUAAAUAGAUAUUCUAGCUAUAUAUAAGGUUCUAUGUCUGGAUACAUUUCUAAGUCAUCAACCUCUGCAAAAUAUACCUCUGUUACCAACUUCGAAACACUGUCCAUGGCACUCUUUCAUAGCAUGUCUAUUUCUACCAAGAUUACUCCGAAAACCAUCCCACAAACUGGCAACACCGUACUCGCUCAUUUUGCAACUAUUCCUACCACCCAGAAAUGGAGCAUUUCCGAAACCCUCACCUUGGCUUCUAAGCCCUCGAAACAAGAAAACCUUAAAAUUGAAUAUGCCAACUUUACAGAUGAGCUUCACAUGAAACAUGAACAAAAACUGAACGAAGUUAGAUAUGCAUUCAGCAAAGUAGGAGAAGAUGAAUUAGAAGAUUUGGUCAUGAUUGAUGCCGUCCAGCGCCUAGGCAUUGACUACCACUUUCACAAGGAGAUUGAUGCAGUCUUACAGAGGCAUUAUACUAAGAUUAACAGUAGUAAUCACACUGAAAUUGAUAACUACAACCAUCUUUAUGAGGUCUCACUUCGAUUCAGACUACUGAGACAACAAGGUUACUAUGUGCCUGCAGAUGUGUUUAACAUAUUCAAGGACAAGCACGGGAUGUUCAAAGAAGAAAUGAAACAAGACAUCAAAGGAUUGAUGGGGUUAUAUGAAGCGUCGCAGCUAAGAAUAGAAGAAGAUGAAGAUGUACUUGAUGAAGCCGCAAACUUUACCAGCCAGACUCUAUCUACAUGGGUCACAAAUCUUGAUCAUCAUCAAGGUAGGAUUAUUGGGAGAACUCUGGAGAAUCCAUAUCACAAGAGCUUGGCAAGGUCCAUGGUGAAGAACUUCCUCAAAGAUUUCAAAGGCAUUACUGGUUGGGAAAAUGUCCUGGAAGAACUAGCCGAAAUGGAUUACAAGUUGGUUCAAUCCAAACACCAAAAGGAAAUCUUUCAAGUUUCCAAAUGGUGGGAAAACCUGGGUUUGGCAAAGGAGUUGAAGUUUGCUAGAGACCAACCACUUAAAUGGCACAUGUGGUCGAUGGCGAUCCUCACAGAUUCAAGCUUGUCUGAGGAAAGGAUUGAGCUAACAAAGCCAAUUUCUCUUAUUUACAUAAUAGAUGACAUCUUUGAUGUUCAUGGGACGCUCGAGGAACUCACUCUCUUCACAGAAGCUGUCAACAGAUGGGAAUUUGCUGCUGUUGAGCAUCUACCAGACUACAUGAAGAUAAGCUUCAAGGCUCUUUAUGACACCACUAACGAAAUCGGCUACAAGAUCUACAAAAAGCAUGGAAGAAACCCCACAGAAUCCCUACGAAAGGCGUGGGCCACUUUGUGCAAUGCAUUUCUAGUAGAAGCAAAAUGGUUUGCUUGUGGACACUCACCCAAGGCAGAGGAUUACUUAAAGAAUGGAAUUGUUAGCUCAGGGGUACACGUGGCUCUAACCCACAUAUUCUUUCUGUUGGGUCAUGGCUUAACCAACGAAAGUGCAAAUCUUGUAAAUGAUAUUCCAGAACUUGUAUCUUCUGUCGCAACAAUUCUUCGCCUUUGGGAUGACUUGGGAAGUGCCAAGGAUGAAGAUCAAGAUGGGCAUGAUGGAUCAUAUGUGCACUACUACAUGAAGGAACACGAAGGCUCUUCGGUUGAACUUGCACAGCAACGUGUUCAUGACAUGAUUUCGGAUGCGUGGAAGUGUCUCAACAAGGAGUGCCUCCAUCCAAGUCCGUUUCCAGUAUCUUUUAGAAAUGCUUGUGUAAAUGUUGCAAGAAUGGUUCCUCUGAUGUACAGUUACGAUAAUAAUCAUCACCUUCCAGACCUUGAGGAGCAAGUGCAGCAAAUGCUCUAUGGCUCUGUUUCCUUAUAAAUGUCCUACGAAAUCACCAAGAAUUUCAGCUUUUUUUUUUUUCAAGCA